AUGGCGGAAUGGAUGGACGGAGGGUUGGAUGAAGGGUUGGAUGAAGGGUUGGAAGGACCAAAACGUCUCUUCCGCUGCCGCUUCACCACCUCCCGGGCCUCGCGCCGUCCCAGCGCCGGGCGGAAGCUGGUGCUGCUCCGGGGUCGCUUCCAGGCCCCCCCCGGCCCCCCCGGGACCUCCCCGGGGCUUUUCGUCGCCUUCUGCGCCCCCCUGGACCCCCCGCCCUGGCCCUGCCCCGACUGUCUCCUGCUGCCCGCCUUCCAGAGCCGCCACGCGCCCGACCUCGCCCUGCUCGACGUCUCCGACAGUGUCCUCGUCCACCUGGGCUACGGGCGGGGGGAGCUCCUGGGGCGCUCCUGGUACCGGCUCCUGCACCCCGAGGACCUCGGCCACGUGGCCCGGCAGCACCUGCGCCUCGGUGGUGUCCUCGUCCACCUGGGCUACGGGCGGGGGGAGCUCCUGGGGCGCUCCUGGUACCGGCUCCUGCACCCCGAGGACCUCGGCCACGUGGCCCGGCAGCACCUGCGCCUCGCGGGCGCGGGGGCAGAAGCCCGGGGGGAGCUGGUGACGCGGCUCCAACGCAAGGACGGGCUGGGCUGGACCUGGGUCUACGCCCGACUGCGCCCCGAGGGACCCGCCCUGCUGGCCCACAACUUUGUCAUCAGCGAGGCCGAGGCCUGGUGUCUGAGGCAGCAGUUGGCGGCCGAGGCCCCCCCGGGACCCCCCGAACCCUUCGGGCCCGGCCUUGACUUCCCCGGCGCCGGCAUCGGAGCUGGUGGGGACCUCGGUGGCCCCGGCAUCAGCCUCGGCGUUGGAGCUGGUCUCGGAGAUGACGUUGGGGUCAACGUUGGCGUCAGCCUUGGCCUUGGGGUCAACGUUGGGUGCGGCGUUGGAGCCGACGUUGGACACGGACUUGGGGUCAAUGUUGACCCUGGUCUUGGAGCUGGUGCUGGACCUGAUGUUGGAGCUGGUCUUGGAGCUGGUCUUGGAGCCAACAUGGGGCCUGGUCUUGACACCAACAUGGCACCUGGUCUCGGAGCUGCCGUCAGACACGGUCUUGGAGGCAACGUUGGGGCCAACGUUGACCCUGGUCUUGGAGUGAACGUUGGACGUGGGCUUGGAGAUGGUGUUGGACACGGUCUGGGUGCUGAUGGUGGCACCGGAGUGGGGAUGGGCGUAGGAGCCGGCAUCAGGGUGGACGUUGGCCUCGGGGUGGCAGCCGGCGCCGACGUUGGCCCAAACCUCGGGGCUGACAUUGGAGCUGCUCUGGGAGCCGGCGCCAACGGAGAAGACGUUGGAGCUGGUCUCCAAGCCAACGGCGAAGGAGACGGUCUCGGAGCCGGCGUCGCGCUCAGCGUCGGGGCCAACGUGGGGCCCGCUCUGGGUGGUGGCAUCAGAGCCAGCGUCGGGUUGGGCAUCGGGGCCAACGUGGGGCCCGCUCUUCCAUCCGACGUGGGUGCUGGCGUCGGACUCGCCGUCGGAGCCAACGUUGGUUCUUCUCUUGGAUCUGCUGGUGGACUUGGCCUUGGGGCCAACGUUGGCUCCGCCCUUUCAUCUGGUGUUGGAUCCGGCGUCGGACUCACCAUCGGAGCCAACGUUGGUUCUUCUCUUGGAUCUGCUGGUGGACUUGGCCUUGGGGCCAACGUUGGCUCCGCCCUUUCAUCCGGUGUUGGAUCCGGCGUCGGACUCACCGUCGGAGCCAACAUUGGUUCUUCUCUUGGAUCUAAUGUCGGACUCGCCGUUGGAGCCAACGUUGGUUCUUCUCUUGGAUCCGGUGUUGGCUCCAGUCUUGGAUCCGGCGUCGGACUCACCGUCGGAGCCAACGUUGGUUCUUCUCUUGGUUCAAGUGUUGGACUCACCGUCGGAGCUGGCGUCGGAGCCAACGUUGGCUCUUCUCUUGGAACUGGUGUUGGACUUGCCUCUGGAGCCAACGUUGCCUCCAGUCUUGGAUCCGGUGUUGGACUCACCAUCGGAGCCAAUGUCGGUUCUUCUCUUGGAUCAAGCGUUGGACUCUCCGUUGGAGCCAACGUUGGUUCUUCUCUUGGAUCCGGUGUUGGACUCGCCGUUGGAGCUGGUGUUGGAGCCAACGUUGGUUCUUCUCUUGGAUCUGGUGUUGGACUCUCUGUUGGAGCCAACGUUGGUUCUUCUCUUGCAUCAAACAUUGGACUCUCCGUUGGAGCCAACGUUGGUUCUUCUCUUGGAUCCGGUGUUGGACUCGCCGUUGGAGCUGGUGUUGGAGCCAACGUUGGUUCUUCUCUUGGAUCUGGUGUUGGACUUUCCGUUGGAGCCAACGUUGGUUCUUCUCUUGGAUCAAGUGUUGGACUCUCCGUUGGAGCCAACGUUGGUUCUUCUCUUGGAUCAAGUGUUGGACUCUCCGUUGGAGCCAACGUUGGUUCUUCUCUUGGAUCAAGCGUUGGACUCAACGUUGGAGCCAACGUUGGCUCUUCCCUCGCAUCCGACGUCGACGUUGAGGUUGGACUCGGCGUCGGAGCCGACGUUGGCUCUUCCCUCUCAUCCGACGUCGCAUCCGGCAUCGGCCUCGGCCUCGGGGCCAACGUUGGUCCCUCUCCCUCAUCCGACGUCGCCGGCGGCUCCGCUUUGGGAUUCGCCGUCGGAGCCGCUCUCGGAGCCAACGUCGGCCUUUCCCUCGCGACCACCAAUGAGGAAGCUCCUCUUGGACUGGGGGGCGGAGCCAAUAUCGGCGCCGAUGGUGUCCCAUCGGCCGUCGGAGCCACCCUUGGCCUUGGCCCCACCCUUGACCCUCCCCUUGGCCCCGCUCUUGGAACCACCGGUCUCGGGACCACCCUUGGCCCCUCCUUGGGUCCCCCCAUGGGGGCCGCCGUGGGGUUGGCCGUGGGCCCCCCCCGUUUAGGUUCGGCCUUGGGGGUCCCCGAAACCCCGGGGGGAGCCACCGAAACUUGGACCCCCCCUUACACCCCCCGCCAAUCAACGGGGACAUCGGGGCUUGGUGGCCCCCGUGACCCCAACGAUGGUGACCCCAACGAUGACCCCAACGAUGACCCCAACGAUGACACAACCCCCCCACCCCCCAAAAAAAUUGUCCCCAAAUCGAGGGACCGAGGCACGAUGUGA